GUUUAGACAGAUUAGUGUUUGCGGAUACGGUGUAUGGGUGGGCAAGAAGGGCAGAGGAAGAGGAAGUACAGGAGCAGGAAGGACAUGAGCAGGAAAAUAGUCCUAGCACAGCACUUGAGCUUGGUGAGAAAAUGAAAGAGGGGGCCUCAAGAAAUUCCCAAGGACUGGUCCGCCAACAUAAGCUGCAUCGUUUAGCAUUACAGCUUACGAGAUCCAAAAACCCGACUAACCUUUGGGACGAUUGUGAUCAGGCGUAUAGUUUAGUGCGGAAGUUCCUGAAUUACGCCCAAGACUCGAUGGACCAGGUUUUUCAGAGGAUAUUUCAGAUUUUGGAUGACAACAAAGCCAAACAAGAGAAUCAGAAGAGAUUCUACGUCGAUGUUGGCGUCGGCCCCGCAGGUGUAGAGCACUAUACGCGCUUCUUCCGCACGUUUCAGCCGCACAAGUGGGAAGGGGUUAUGCUGGACGUGGGGCAUUCGUAUGCGCCAAUCGGGUACUAUCCCGAAAUGCUCAGUGUGGAGGGUGUCGAAGCGAUUCUUUCACGUCAUGGCGUGCCACCAGAGAUUGACUUGCUGGUGAUGCAGAUAGACUCGUUUUCUUGGCACGUUUUGCGGCGAUUGUUCUUAAACUCAGAACCGGAACGGCGAAGAAGACUUCGGGCAGAAAUCAGACGUCGAGUGGAGAAAGUGUUCCAGUAUGGGCUUACAGGAGUUGGUACUAGUAGUGGAAGUUCGUGUGCUACUAGGUCUAGAACUAGACGAAGAACUGGCGCAGAUGCAGAUGAAGGAUCAUCAUCUACAACUACUGUACCAUCUGGGAGCAGUAAGACAACCAUCAAGACAACCUCUACCAAAAGAACCUCGAAUAUACCAAGAACUGCAAAACAACAAGAACAAGAUUUCCACUACCCCAAAGUGAUCCAGAUUGAGCAUAUUCACAGCUAUUUCUGGCCAGAUCAUAUGGUUCCACUAGGUUUGAACUUGGUUCCUGCCUACAAGGCAGAUGGCACGGCUGGAGAGUUGUUUAGGGACUCGAUGGAGAGGACAGGGGAAGACCAGGCGACAAUUCUGAAAACAAAGCACAGAAAGGAAUGGCUACGUGAUGUGCUGCAUGAGUAUGUAGUUGAGAAGAAAAGCAAAUCUUCGGGCAUGAGAGGCGUUGAAGAAGUAGAAAAUCAAGUUCAGGAUACGAGAGUUACAACAGCUCCUGUUGAGAAGAGCCACGACGAACCCUUGUCCAUCGCUUUCACAGUGGCAAACGACUAUGAUACUAGGGUCGCUUCUCAAAUCCGCGGAUACUUUAAAGCGUAUAUUGCUACGGCUGAAGCUGUUCGCGUCUUAGCUAACGCUUUCGGAUAUGACGUUGUCUAUCUUGGUUGGUGGAAUAUGAUUCUUGUUGAUAGAUUGGAGACAAGUCGGGUGGAAGUAGCAGGUCUUGAUGAAGACGAAGAGCAAGGCGAGAGUGACGAGGGGGUCGAAGACUGUCUUCAAAACACUGCUCGUCCUGGCGCUGAAGAAACUGUGAACGAAGUCGUCAAUCAGACUGAUUAUGCUUCUGCUAGUCUCGCAAAUGUUCUCGGAGAUGAUGCUGCUCCUGGUAUAGGCGAGAGUGGCUCCCUGGAGGAUCAAGCGCAACAAGUUGCAGGCGUAGCAGACUCGGAUGACCCUCUCGGAGAUGGCGACGCAGAGGCAGAUGCCAUCAUUGACGCAGUGACAGACGAGUUAGUCGACAACCUCGAUGACCCUUUGAAUACCUUUGAUCCGCAGUUUGUUGCUGCUAGGAUACAACAGAAACUUGACGAUAGCGCUGAUCCUGAUGGACAAGGACGGACUACGUCAGAUGAUAGUGCUGCUACUGGAAAAACCAAAAGAACAUCAACAAAUACAUCACGUAUUAACAAGAACAACCUCAAGCAGCUCAAAAUUCGCCACUUGUUUCAGCAUAAGAACGACUUGAAGACCUUGUGUCAUCUCUAUUUCCGCAACACUCACCGCCACUAUUGGCAAGUUCCAUCGACGUUUUUCCUGCACAAAAAUCUCUGCACAACGCCAGAGAACUUGAUCGUUGGAUUCAGCCAGGAGGAGAUCAACGCUAAGUAUUUUAAGGCGGAAGUUGGAUAUGUUCCCAUCUUCUUGAAACGAGGGAUUUAUUACGAUCUAGAUUUUCAGACUCUUAAUUUUACUCAUCUUCUUGAAACGAGGGAUUACGAUCUAGAUUUUCAGACUCUUAAUUUUACUCGCACUAAGUAAGACAACCGGUUAGUUUAAUCGCACUAAGUAAGACAACCGGUUAGUUUUCACCUCGACAAUAUUAGACUUAUCCCGUGCAGCAAUAUAUUUAUAGUGCGAUUGCAAAUACAACUAAUACUGAUUUACAACCUUUACCCCAACCUCUAACACUCGGCUCGACUUCCUGAUGAAUGCGCGAAUUGGCAGCUAUGGACACGAUAGAGGACCGAGCACGCGCCCUUUAUCAGAAGAAAGCGUAUUAGCGGAGUUAUUGGAGAAGGAAUCGGCGGAAGGCAAAAUUGAAAGGACACUGUCAAACCUCAUUCGGGAUCCGAAUGUAACGUUUUGAUGAAGAGUGUAAGUGGAAGUUUUGUUUUCUUCAGGUUUUUUGAUUAUUCAGCAUCCAAGAACAGACAAGACGGUUAAUAGGAAUUGAUUGCAUCAUAUUUCAUACUCAAUACCAAUGAUAUUAGAGACGAGUAAGCAGCACCACUAAGUCUAUUAAGAGGAAUAAAAACAGAUAAUAAUUCAACAGAAAUUUUUCUGUUAUUUUCGAGAUCAAGCUUCAAAAGAUAAGGAAUUUGUACGAAUGUUUAUAUUUUCACGUGACGAUAAAGACGAUAGAUGGGCAUGGUAAAUAAAAAGUGUGGUUG